CAAUUCAAGGUUAUUUCAAGAUAAUCGUACAUCUCCAUGUUUUGUACGAGGAAAUUGAAGACUUUUUCUAUUUUUUAUACAAAAAUGUUUGAAUUGUUAGCUCAUUAAUUUAGUUUUAAUAAUUAAAAGAAGAGCUUAUUCCCAUUACGAUCCAUUAAGGAUUGUGGAAAACAUGGCCGACGAUUUCGAUAUCGAGGCUUUACUAGAAGCUCCCUUCAAGAAAGAAGUAAACGGCGAGCAUCAGCCGCCAUCUGAACCUACUUUUAACGAUGAAGAGAGAAACGGCGAUAAAUCAGAAGAUAAUAAAUUCAGCAGUAAUGGAGUCAGUAGCGGUGGCAGUGCCGGAGGCGAUGCCAAUGGAAGCACUGGCGGUAGUGGCAAAAGUAAACAUCGAGAUAGAUCACGCGAUCGCGAUCGUGAAAGACGCGGCAGCAAAACCAGACACCGGAGUAGAUCUCGUCAUCGUAGCAAAUCACCGAGACACCGAAGUCGUUCGAAAAAACGUAGUCGAUCCCGUCACCGUAGCAAAUCAUCUCGCCUUAAGAGUAAAUCGCCUAAAAAGCGAAGUAAAUCUCCUAGGAAUCGCAGCAAAUCACCUAAAAAGCGGAGUAAAUCUCCUAGGAAUCGCAGCAAAUCACCUAAAAAGCGGAGUAAAUCUCCUAGGAAUCGCAGCAAAUCACCUAAAAAGCGAAGUAAAUCUCCUAGGAAUCGCAGCAAAUCACCUAAAAAGCGGAGUAAAUCUCCUAGGAAUCGCAGCAAAUCACCUCGUCAUCUCAGCCGUACAAAACGUAGCAGAUCUCGUCAUAGGAGCAGGUCACCACGUCCCCCUGUAGGUAUUGAUCGAGAUAGAGAUCGUGACCGUCAUAAUUUCAAACAUCGAUCGCGAUCACGUAGCCGAGAUCGUCGUCGAAGGAAGAAAUCAUUGACUCCUAUCUCGUUACCCGGUAGACGCGAUCCUUAUCCUCCUUAUCCAAGGAGACCACCUCCCAUGUCUGACGAUUUGACACCGGAGGAAAGAGAUGCUAGGACUAUAUUUUGUAUGCAACUGUCACAAAAAAUCCGAGCCAAAGAUUUAGAAGAGUUCUUCUCAUCAGUUGGCAAAGUAAGAGACGUUAGAUUAAUUACAUGUAAUAAAACCCGCCGGUUUAAAGGCAUAGCAUAUAUCGAAUUCAAAGAUCCAGAAUCUGUUGCUUUGGCUUUAGGACUAAACAACCAGAAAUUAUUAGGUAUUCCGAUUAUAGUACAACCCACUCAAGCAGAAAAGAAUAGAAUCGGAAACACGAUGCCAAAUCUGAUGCCACGAACGCAUCCUGGACCUGUACGACUCUAUGUUGGCUCUUUGCAUUAUAAUAUCACAGAAGACAUGUUACGAGGCAUAUUCGAACCAUUCGGCAAAAUUGACAGUAUCAUGUUAAUGUGUGAUCCAGAAACUGGACGGUCUAAAGGAUAUGGCUUUGUAACGUAUCAUAAUUCCGAGGAUGCUAAAAAAGCUUUGGAACAGAUGAACGGUUUCGAAUUAGCCGGUAGACCUAUGAAAGUAAAUAAUGUUACAGACAGACACGAAUUCGUACAAACUGGGCCUGGUAUUGACGAAACGGAUGAACGAGCUGGUAUCGAUUUAGGAGCUACUGGAAGACUGCAAUUAAUGUAUAAAUUAGCUGAAGGAACUGGUAUGCAGAUUCCGGCAGCGGCUGCAAGCGCUUUAAAUUUGAACCCUCAACCUGCACCGGUUAUUCAACAAACCGCCCCACCGAUAGCUACACAAUGCUUUUUAUUAGCAAAUAUGUUCGACCCGAACGCCGAAUCAGCAGAGAAUUGGGAUAUUGAAAUAAGAGAUGACGUUAUCGAAGAAUGCAAUAGGCACGGUGGAUGCGUACACGUGUUCGUCGAUAAAGCAUCUCCACAAGGUAACGUUUACGUGAAAUGUCCAACAAUCACGACAGCCGUAGCUGCGGUCAAUUCGCUUCAUGGACGUUGGUUCGGAGGUCGAGUGAUUACAGCAGCCUACGUUCCUGUUAUAAAUUACCAUAAUUUAUUCCCCGAAACGAUUACAGCGUCAACUUUAUUAGCGCAAUCGAAGAAAGCAGCGGUGUGAUGUAUAUAUUCGGCGACACUGAGUCAAAUUCAUGGAGUGCAUUCCAAAAUAAAACUGGAUAUUUACGUCUUUUUGAACGCACUUUUAUUAUUACCUUUAAUCGAACGAUUAGCUUUUUCCCAUUUCUAUCUUUGAUUAGUGGAAGUAAUUGAAAAUUGAUAAUGAAAUUGUACGUUUGUAUUCGUUUUUUGGGGCUUAAGUUGUUUUACUAUUUUUUUCCCUUUGUCAUUCACUGUAUUGUGUUUUUGAGAAUUUUAACGGUGUCGAGUUAGAGAUGAGUACGGAUACUAUAGGACUGAUAUUGGUAACCUUGCGUCGGGAUUUACGAUAAGAAUAUGUAUGUAAAAAUUAUUCUACGAUGUGUUUAUAUUAUAUAAAAGUGUUGUGUACCUAA